AUGAACAAAGGCAAACAAUAUGACUAUUUGAUGCUUGGUCAUUGUAAGUACUCCAGACGCGCACCUAUUACCCUUCGCAUCGCGUCAUUGGAGACCUCCAUUGGACACCCAGUACACGUCUCCGGCAAAAAUAGGAUCAUGCCGCAGCAUUCGAUGUUGCGUCUGGACACCAUACCAGGUGAAAUCAUCGACGUGAUUUGCGAUGAGCUGGGAAAGAAGGACCUCAAGACCCUUCGACUGUCCAACAAAAGAAUUUCCUCAGUUGCAACCACACAUUUGGCAAAGGCCUACAUGUUCAAUCUAUGCUCUCUCAUGACCCGGCGCAGUCUAGAGAAACUGGCAGAAAUUUGCGCACAUCCAGACUUCGGACCUCACGUUCGCAAAGUCCAUCUGUCAUCCGGCCGCGUUCAUCCACGAGAGAUGAGGGCACUUAUCGAGAGAGUUGAAGAUAUGCAAAGGCGAAUUCCUCCACCUACGUCCGCUCAAGUCAAGCGAGCGAAAGCGAAAAUGCAAGACGCGAUGAACAGAUCUUCUAAAGAAUAUGAGCUUGAAACUUCAGGAGAUGCGGUCACUCUCCUCGCUCAAGCUUUUGCGUCUCUGCGAGGAUACCAAACACCUGUCAUUCUGGAUAUCUCGGACUUUGAAGUGCCGCGAUGGGAUCCUGUCACUUUAUUUCUUGACAAGUACAAUCAUUUCCAUGGAGAGCCGGAGCUCUGUUUCAAGUCUACCAUGGAGCCUUGUCUAGAAGCAAUCUUCCGCACAAAAAUGAGGUUCGCCGAGCUUGAGUUGACUGUCGACGCAUUCUCAAUCGACCCAGACGAGCGAGGCUUUGAUACUCAGGAGAUGAAUCUAGAAGAUUUGGAACUAUUGUCCAGCUUGAACUCCAUCUCUUUCGAUCUUGUGAACACGUUCGACGAAGCUGGCACACGAUCUGCUGGCCAUGUCCUGUCCUAUGCCCGUUCAUUGGAGAGCCUCACGUACAGACAGGGCUGUGACGAUCUUGACGCCACCGAAUGGCCGCCAUUACACCAACCACAAAGUAUCACGAAUCGACAAUUUGGAAUUGCAGACACCAUAUUGAGCUCUGUCAAGUCGACUGGUCUGAAAUCUUUGUGGUUGGAAUACACUCCAAUAUCUUUCCAGACACUCGUCGACUUGCUGGAGAAGCACGCCGAUACAUUGACUUCUCUUUACAUCAGCAGUGUAUGUCUACGAGAUGGCAGUUGGGCUGAGGUUUUCUCAAAGAUUAAAAAGAACGGUCGUUUCGUGAUCGAGCUUGACACUGGAAACCUGAGCCAGGCUAGAUCAGAGUUGAGAGGAGGUGACUAUCAACCACUAUCUUUACCGAGAGAAUGGACCCUCGAUCCUUCUAGCGGGAGGUCAGAGGUAGAGGAAUCGCUACACAAGCUCACAAAUGCCCCAUCACUCGAGGUCUUGAAUAUGAUUGAGAGAAGAGAGCUAGCGCAAGGCCAAGACAUUCCGGAAUUAGGAUCAUAA